AUGGCUUCUCUCCAGAAACACAGCAUGUCGUGCGUUCUUUUGGCACUACUGUUGGUUACCUAUGUGGGUGCUGUAGUGCCGUGGAUUGAUAAUGACUUUUUUGAAGAGAUGUCCGAAGCACCUAAACUGGGCUGGGGUCUGCCGCCUGUUUUAGCUCCUGGAGACGUUACUGACGAUACGAAGAGUUUACCAUAUCAGGGCCACAUUCCGCAAUACGUGGUUGAUUAUUGUCCACUCGUUCACCUUUACAGUGAGGAAAGAUAUUGGCCAGCAGAUAUCAGGAAAUACGCCCAUCAUUUCACAUUAAAAGACGAAGAAGGCGGUUACGUUAUAAAUAGUACCUUUGGACUUAAGGAUUUGAAAGAUUCCUUUGAUACUGACCCCAAUUCUCCCGAUAAGAUCCCCAGCGCCGAAACGUUCAUGAGCGCGGUGGAAAACUUCGAUGCAGACCCACGUUGGCUUUUGGGACACAAACCGGACUACAGUUCCGGAAAGAUAAAAGAUGCGCCAGCCAUCUUAAUAGUUGUCGAUAAGGGCAACGGAUGGGUUGAUGCGUUCUGGUUCUAUUUCUAUGCCUUUAAUUUGGGGCCCUUCAUAAUGGGGUACGGACCAUGGGGGAACCACGUUGGGGACUGGGAGCAUUCUUUGGUGAGAUUUUACGAAGGCGAACCCCAGUACUUAUGGAUGAGUGCGCAUGGUGGAGGCGGGUGUUACCAGUAUCAUGCGAUCGAAAAAAAAUCGCGGAAUCGAGUUGUUGACGGUGUUCGUAUGACAAAAUUGAUUGAACGGCCUGUUAUCUUCAGUGCCCGCGGUACGCACGCUAACUACGCAUCGGUAGGGCAACACGCGCAUGACGUUCCCUUUUUUUUCAGUGCUUUGAGCGAUUUCACGGAUCGUGGCCCUCUAUGGGACCCGUCUUUGAAUUUCUUGGCAUAUACGUACAAUGGAACCGUCGUGACACCCGUUUCAAAGCGCGAGAGGGAAAUCGGUAGCGACUGGUUGUGGUUCAGCGGUCAUUGGGGCGAUAAGCAAUUACCAUUUACCGAUCCAAGACAAAAAUGGUGCCCCGUACAAUGGAGAUACAUAGACGGUCCACGAGGCCCGCUAAGAAAGAACUUGGAAAGGACUUCUUUAUGUCAAAGAAGUAAGUGGUUCAAUUUCUGGGGCGGCUGUCCCGCAAGGCGAAGCAUUAAAAGAGGUCAAGGUCUGGAUGCCGAGAGAAAUGAUCUUGUCGGCGAUAAUUGUGGUGUUUUGUUAUACCGAGUGCGUCCCAAACUGCUGAGGUCUUUACUCAGACUAGUAAUGUGGCGCGGCGUAACCUGUUUCGUAAUGGACUACUUCACAGGAUAG